CUUCAACCUCAUCGUGCACACCUUGCGCCCCAGCAUAGUGUCAGCACCAUUCCACUACGCCAUUCUUUCCCUGACCGCCUCCGAACCGGGCAAGGGCGCGCACGAUGAAAGCAUGGCGACGACAACGACAAGAACGGACAUGAUCCACGCGUACCGGCACCUGUACCGGGCCCUGCUGCAGGCGGUGCAGUUCUCGUCGCCGGCGCGGUACGUGGCACGCGACCAGCUGCGGGCGGCGUUCCGGGACGGGGGCGGCGCGGCGUGGGACCCCGAGGGCGCGCGGCGGACGCUGUGGUUCGUGCAGGCGGCGGCGCGGGAGAGGGGGCUGGAGCACCGGGUGCUCAAGAACCUGCUGCGCGUGGGGGGGAUGCGGAUGCGGAUGCGGGGGCUGGAGUGGCGGAGGAUGCUGCACGAGAGCAAGCAGAGGAACGACACGAAGGCCGAGCAAGAGACCGCCAUGCAGCACUAUGACAUGACGGUUGCCAUGUUGAACAAGAGCAUGGGGCUUUGUCUGCGGUGAACGGCGGGGGCAGAAGACGAUGAAGGAGGAACUCAGAAAACGGCUAUGGGCCCCGAAGAUGCGGCCCCUCGAGAUUCAGGGAUUUCGGUGAACAACUUCACAUGGGCAUAGGCACUUACUCGGCAUUUGUCACUCCACUCCAGCACAUACAAGGCCUACGCAAGGAAUAUCGCAUUGGCGUCUUCUCCAGAGUAGAUGGGUAGCUUUGUACACGACGAUGGAUCCCACACCGCCAGCGGGUAGCCAUGGCGGCACACACCGCAAUAAUACAACAUUUAAGGCGCC